AUGAGCGCCGCACAUGAUGGGUCGCCACUCUGCGGAGGGCGAUGGGUGAGGGAGAGGUGUGGGGCGAGGUCGGGGGAGAGUGGGGGAGAGGCGAGGGGGAGAGUGGUGGACGGGGGGGAGCAACAGGGAGAGGUGGAGGGGAGAGGUGGGGGUGAGGGGGAGAGGAACUGGGCAGUCACAGUGACAGGUGGGCAUGUGAUGAGCAAGAGAGCGUGUGGUGAGAGCGAGCAAAUGAAGGGUGGGAGCAAGUGGGGUGUGGGAGCGGGUGGGGGAUGCGAGCCUGUGGUGGGGUGGGAGCAAGCAGGGGUGGGAGCAAGCAGGGGUGGGAGCAAGCAGGGGUGGGAGCAAGCAGGGGUGGGAGCAAGCAGGGGUGGGAGCAAGCAGGGGUGGGAGCAAGCAGGGGUGGGAGCAAGCAGGGGUGGGAGCAAGCAGGGGUGGGAGCAAGCAGGGGUGGGAGCAAGCAGGGGUGGGAGCAAGCAGGGGUGGGAGCAAGCAGGGGUGGGAGCAAGCAGGGGUGGGAGCAAGCAGGGGUGGGAGCAAGCAGGGGUGGGAGCAAGCAGGGGUGGGAGCAAGCAGGGGUGGGAGCAAGCAGGGGUGGGAGCAAGCAGGGGUGGGAGCAAGCAGGGGUGGGAGCAAGCAGGGGUGGGAGCAAGCAGGGGUGGGGUGGGAGCAAGCAGGGGUGGGAGCAAGCAGGGGUGGGAGCAAGCAGGGGUGGGAGCAAGCAGGGGUGGGAGCAAGCAGGGGUGGGAGCAAGCAGGGGUGGGAGCAAGCAGGGGUGGGAGCAAGCAGGAGUGGGAGCAAGCAGGAGUGGGAGCAAGCAGGGGUGGGAGCAAGCAGGAGUGGGAGCAAGCAGGGGUGGGAGCAAGCAGGGGUGGGAGCAAGCAGGAGUGGGAGCAAGCAGGAGUGGGAGCAAGCAGGGGUGGGAGCAAGCAGGAGUGGGAGCAAGCAGGAGUGGGAGCAAGCAGGAGUGGGAGCAAGCAGGAGUGGGAGCAAGCAGGGGUGGGAGCAAGCAGGGGUGGGAGCAAGCAGGGGUGGGAGCAAGCAGGGGUGGGAGCAAGCAGGGGUGGGAGCAAGCAGGGGUGGGAGCAAGCAGGGGUGGGAGCAAGCAGGGGUGGGAGCAAGCAGGGGUGGGAGCAAGCAGGGGUGGGAGCAAGCAGGGGUGGGAGCAAGCAGGGGUGGGAGCAAGCAGGGGUGGGAGCAAGCAGGGGUGGGAGCAAGCAGGGGUGGGAGCAAGCAGGGGUGGGAGCAAGCAGGGGUGGGAGCAAGCAGGGGUGGGAGCAAGCAGGAGUGGGAGCAAGCAGGGGUGGGAGCAAGCAGGGGUGGGAGCAAGCAGGAGUGGGAGCAAGCAGGAGUGGGAGCAAGCAGGGGUGGGAGCAAGCAGGGGUGGGAGCAAGCAGGGGUGGGAGCAAGCAGGAGUGGGAGCAAGCAGGGGUGGGAGCAAGCAGGGGUGGGAGCAAGCAGGGGUGGGAGCAAGCAGGGGUGGGAGCAAGCAGGAGUGGGAGCAAGCAGGGGUGGGAGCAAGCAGGGGUGGGAGCAAGCAGGGGUGGGAGCAAGCAGGGGUGGGAGCAAGCAGGGGUGGGAGCAAGCAGGGGUGGGAGCAAGCAGGAGUGGGAGCAAGCAGGGGUGGGAGCAAGCAGGGGUGGGAGCAAGCAGGGGUGGGAGCAAGCAGGGGUGGGAGCAAGCAGGGGUGGGAGCGGCACCUUGCGGGCGAAGAUGGAGGCGAGUUUGAGCAGGCGAGCACCCGUGGCGGGAUUGAGGAAGUAG